AUGCAGCCGAUCACCGCGGACAUCCUUGCGGCUGACCAGGCUGAAGAGCGCAUUCCAUCAGCACCAAAGAGACGGAAAGUCCGGAAAGGCACCCAAAGCUGCUGGGAAUGCAAGCGGCGAAAGAUCAGAUGCACUUUUGUCACUCCCUCAGAGUCAGUGUGUGAUGGGUGCCGAAGCCGUCAGGUCAAAUGUGUCGGUCAAGAGUCUGAAGAGAAGCUAGACAUCAGGACAGAUGUGCUGAAAUUGGAGGAAGCAACUGGAUGUGGAGUACCCAGUCGCUUCAAUACUAACGCACCUGGGGUACCCCCAAGAAACGCUUUGCACGGUAGCAAAACUACUUCCAGCUUAUAUAUUGGGUUAGAAAAUGAAAAUGAUGGCAUCUGCACUGGUAUUCUCGCAGCAUGGCCCAGUCAGCAUGAUCUCGACCUAAUAACGAGCCUUCCUGCCACGACAUCCAUACUCUUUCACGGAACAGUCUGCAUGCCGUACUCUACGCUCUUGAAUAGAGAUACGGAAUCACCACGAGAUAUGCUGCAACUCCCAAGCCCAGAAACCCACACUGUAUUAAUAGCUCGGAAGCUCCUGAUGCUGGGGAGUUUCCUGCAAGGCAUUCCGUCAACCGCCGUCAAAGAUCUCAGGAAACUGGAGUCGGAAGUCAGUCACCUCAUGUCCUGUCUGAUUGAAACAGCAAGCCGACUUGUGACUAGUGACGAUGAUCUUGUCCACUCGAUUGAGGGCAUCGAAUGUAUCAUGAUCGAAAGCAUGUAUCACAACAACGCGGGAAACCUGCGCCGUUCAUGGCUCCUCAAUCGUCGGGCCAUGACGAUCGCACAGAUGAUGGGUCUUCAUUUGGGUCCAUCGCCGUCAGCAAAGAUGUUGGACAUUGAGACUCACGAUCGGAUUGACCCCCAAUACAUGUGGUUCCGCUUGGUCAUAUCCGACCGGUAUCUGUCUCUAAUGCUGGGAUUACCACAGGGCUUUCCUGAUAGCCCGUUCGCUACAUCGCAGGCCCUGGAAAGUUGCAGCCCUUUGGACCGGCUGGAGCGGAUUGAAGCCAUGAUCGGUGGGCUCAUCCUGCAACAAAAUCAAGAAGACCUCCACAACCUAGAGCUCACACACCAGAUCGAUAAACACCUGCAAGACGCUGCAGCCUCGAUGCCAGCGCAAUGGUGGCUUGUCCCUGACAUUUCCGCAUUAGCAGGGUCUGAUACAAACGGUCUUCGUGGGACAUUGCGUCUUAUGAAUCAAUUCACACAUUACCACCUGCUGGCGCAGCUUCACUUGCCAUAUAUGCUGCAACCAUCCACCGAUCGAAAAUACGACUAUAGCAAGUUGACUGCCGUAAAUGCCAGUCGCGAGAUACUUGCUCGCUUCGUACUCUUCCGAGGCACCGACAUGAUUCCUGCUUACUGCAGAGGUAUUGAUUUCCUUACCUUCAUUGCAAGCACCACAUUAUGCCUUGCUCAUAUCGACUCGCGUCAACAGCCCCGAUGGGAUCUCGGCGCUCGUGCGGGCAUUUUCGAUUUCCUCGCACACCAGCGACCUGGCGACCGUGGACUUCUGGAAAGGACACAACUAAUCAUGCAACAAAUGGCGAAAGACGAAAAUGAUGACAUAUGCCACAAGAUUGGGAGAAUCAUUGAUCAGUUACUUGCCAUUGAGGAGUCGACUCCGAACGAGUAUUCUGUUGAAGCCAUUACCUCUCCAGAGCGGAUUAUGCAGGACUUCCCAUGCAGCGAUGUUGUGGAGGAUGGUCAUACCACUGCUCUCAGCAUUCAGGUUCCAUACUUUGGGACUAUCAAGAUCGAACAUGGCAAUGUGUCAAAGUCUGAUAGUGCUGGCCCAGCUGGCCCAUCUAAAAGACUACAUUUCGAGGCCUCGCCAGCCGGAGCUAUAUCAAUCGACGCUGCACCUGCACAGACUCUCUGCGAAGCAGUCGUCCCGGAACAUGGGAUCUCAGGCCCAGAUUUCCUUAACGAUGCAUAUUCAUCUUCAUUGGAUGUGGAUGAUUGGGUACUCCAGGGAGUUGGUACGGCCUUGUUUGACAGCCUUUUGCGAGGAUCAGAGCCAGAAAUGGGAAGUUAA